AUGAUUGCCGAAUGGUACCCACUGUUGUGGGAAAUGGUCAAAGCGCAAUUCGUGAGGAAAGAAGGAUCAAAACCGGAAAAACAAUCAUCGGAUUCAGUGGACUCGAAUCACAAUGACGCAAUGAAGAUGAUUCGACGCGCUCGACCCAAGUCGUACGUGCUGGCGACGUCGGCGUCGAUGCAGGAUGAUGUUCUGGCGACGAUCACAAAUGAACCAUCUUCGUCGAUUUCACAUGAUGGCACCACGAGCGGGUUUCCUUCUUCAUUGAUGGGCUCCACUUCAUCGAUUGAUCCACACAAGCAGACGGCGAUAGGUCAGCAGAACACGUCGAGGAGUCUGAAUGCUCCGCAUCCGCCGGCAACUCAUCGACUUCAGCGGUUUAUUGCGCUGUUCAACUCGAAUGUAGGUAAAACCUCUGAUCAUGAGAGAGAACCUAAAAAGUCGCGAAUGAAGCGCUCAAGGACGUCGAUGCCGGCCAGUAGAUUUGCGCUUCCUGGACUGACAUUGCCGCAAGAAAAUAUUGAGAGGCAAACGUGGAUCAAGCAUCAGGAAAUUCCGCUUGGAAAAUCGGGUAAACGCAAUCAUUGGGAGGAUCGAUGGGCGAUUUUGAGCAAGCGGAAUCUUUAUUUGUGCGUUGAAUCGCCGGGAUACAGUUCGGAGAAGUCUGUUGAACUGGGUACACACACGCGGGUUGAUGUACAAAAUGCGAUUGUCGAUAUUGCCUAUGAUUGGUUGUCGACGUCGUUCGCUAAGCAGAGACAUGUGAUUCGGAUAGUCACACAGAAUCGAAUUGAGCACCUUAUUGAGCUCAACACAGAAUCUGAAAUGCUUUCCUGGAUCUCAGUGCUUCAGUCGAGCUCCGAAGAGUCGGUAGACUCGAUGUCAGGAAAGGAGAACAACAAUCACACACUGAUCCUACACAAUGAUCUUCACAGUUCGCAUUCGAUCGCUUCUUUGGCAUCGUCAUCAUGUUCGACGACGACGUCUGAAUUGGUGAAUGAGCAGCAGAAGCAGCGAAUAGCGACUGGCAAUUUGUCAACCGGUCUUCUACCGACGUCGAAAAGUGUCGGCGCGCUGAACACGGCGGCGACGGCGAACGGUCCCGAAUCGGCCAAAAAUCAAUUGAUUAUGCAUCGAUAUAUCGCUAAGAAUUCGCAACUCCAGUCGCCGAUCGCCAACAAACGCAUGGAGGUGACGCAGUCGCCGGCAUCGUCGUCUUCAUGCGCAACACAUGCUGGCACGAGUCGUGAUGCAACGGAAAACGGCGGCGGUGGAGAUUCGAUGACGGCGACGACGCCGAAGUCUGGGCGAAAAUGGAAAAAGUCGAAAGCCGGCAAGCAGGGAAGCGGCGGUGUGGCGAGCACAACGGCUGGCGGCGCCGCACAGGCGCCCGUUCUCGGUGUCCGCCUCGCCGAUUGUCCUGUCGGCACGAUCGGCGAACACGUGCCGAUGCUUGUGCAGAUAUGUGUGACCGUUGUGGAGGCACACGGAAUGGAUACGGUGGGUAUCUAUCGGAUACCGGGUAAUACGGCGGCUGUCAAUGCGCUCAAAGAAUCAUUAUCGCAACGCGGGUUCGAGAACGUGAAUCCGGAGAAUGUCGAAUCGCUCGAUCCGCGAUGGCGAGACGUCAAUGUCGUCUCGUCGCUGCUGAAAAUGUUUUUACGGAAGCUGCCCGAGCCGCUUCUCACCGACAAAUUGUAUCCGUUCUUCAUCGACGCCAAUCGAAUAGCGGCUCAUCAUAAUCGAUUGCAUAAACUCAGAAACUUGCUGCGCAAACUCCCUCGCGCCCAUUAUGAGACAUUGCGGUUUCUGAUUCUGCACCUGUCAGAAAUAACGAAGCACUGUGAUGUGAAUAAGAUGGAAUGCCGAAAUCUGGCGCUGAUGUUCGGACCUUCGAUCGUUCGGCCGUCGGAUGACAACAUGGCGACAAUGGUGACGCAUAUGAGUGAUCAAUGCAAGAUCAUUGAGACACUUAUUCACUAUAACGAAUGGAUGUUUGAUGAAAGCUCAACGGCGGACGACAAAGUUCCCGAACAGAAUCCGGCUGAAGGGCCGAACUCUUCGGAGCCUGGAUCAUAUGGUGUUGGUGUUCCCACCGGAGUUUCGGCUGCGUCGUUCAAUGAUAUGCAUAAUUUGAUUCGGAAAGCGAAUGAGGAUCAAGCGGCGGCGAUGAUGAAUGAAGGCAAAGGUCAAAAGAUCAAGAACAUGCUGCGACGGAACUCGCGACGCGACAAGUCGAAAUCGAAGCUCAAAAUUGAGUCGACUGCGCCGGCGGCGGUCAAUCCCAAGUGGAAGCCACCGACGGCGUCGAACAACUCGGCGAACAGUGUGGAAAGCGCGUUCUGCGGCAAUUAUCAGGAGCGCGACAUUGAUGCCGAGAUCGAGUCGCGACAGACGAUUUCACCGCAAAUGACAUCCGGAUCGAUGGAUGGGGUUGAGGUUGCGCGACUUGAUCAGAGCCCAUCUCUGGAGAGCAGCCUCGGAAGCAUACCGGACACGUCGAGGACGGAACCGAUUGGCGUUGGUUACACGGCCGAAGAUGAAGAAGCGAAGGAAGCGGCGAGGAGGAAGCGGCAAGAGGAAAUGUAUUCGGCGAGGAGGAUUUUCAUUGCUGGAACCGCGGCGGCGGCACAGAUCGACAGUAAUGCCGUCGACGCUUUGGCGAAUCAUUCGCAGCACCUCAACAUUGCGAGUAGUCCGGCGUUCGAGGUACUCAGUGAGGAAACUCGGGAGAAGAUUCGGAAAAUGCAGAAGAAGCAGAGCUGGCAUCAGGGCGGCAAUGAGUUUUUGAAGACCUACUCGCCGACGAAGGAUAUCACGGAUGCCUUGUCGUGUACAAGCGAUUAUUCGACGACGAGCUCGGCGCCGUUGAGCCAGAAUCCGCCGUUAGCGGUCGCAUGCACUGAUCAACCAAACUCGAGUUCGGAUUAUGCGUCAAGUGAUCCGUCUCCAUGCACACGAAAUGCGUCGACUUCUCCUGCUUCAAGACCAUCGAAUCUUGGAAUUUGUCCGGCUGAGCCUCCGCCGAUUAGUCGGACUCAGAAGAUUCGGAUGAGAACGAAAACAGGUAUCAGGGAUCCUUCAAGAAGGCACACCCUGUCGGAUAUGGACGCUCUAAAGGAGGGUCGAUUGGACAAACUCGCACGCUGGUUCGGAUUUCGGAAGUCGAGUCCCGAUGUGAGUCGCGACGAUGAUAUUGAUGAGAGUCCUGAGAAGCGGCCGCCUCAAAAUCCGCCACCGGUCAUAGUUCGAACAUCGCCGAAUGAGCUGACGCCAGUUUCCGGCGAUGAGCAACUCUAA